AGAACGAUGUCGUCUGGAGGCAGGAGAAGACUUGCAAUCCCUAUAUUAGCUCGCAUUUGGAGAAGAUUGCUUAUCUCUGAAACAUCUCUCCCAGCAGUUAGACGGUGGCCUGUCCUUUAAGUUCCAUUCCUAUUUAAAUGCAGACUUGUCUAAGCAGAAAGGAUGCACUAGAGAAUUCAAAUCCAGAAGAAUCUAUGUACCAUGUAUAUUUCAUCAAAUGGACUCUCCAAGUGUCUAAUCUUUCAAACCAUCUUUUCCAUGAGCAGUAACAUUUCUGCACCGAGUAAAGGAAUCUGUGGAUGAAGCUUGCACACAUUGUUGUAGGAUAUCCUCGGCGCCAGAGCUAAUUGAAGUGAUUUAUGUCCCCCUUGAGCGCCUGCUACGUGUUCAUAUAAAAGAAAAUGAAAUUUGCAAGCACAGGAGUUGCAUUUGGGUCUGGAGAGUGAAACAAGGGGACAUUGUCUGCCAAAAGCACGUCUAAAAGUUUAUCAAGAAACGUUUUGAAGGAAGAUCUGUUCAAUAUUGUGACAGGAUCUUGAUCAUCAUAAGGGGAUACUGUGAGUCUGUUUAAUUGUGCUGGCCCAGCGGUCCAGGACAGUGAUCACUCACUUAUUUUGAAGUCACCACUUAGAUCCCAUACAACAAUCUAAGGCAAAGUGGCACUACAUUUCAAGGAUGAUUGACUUGCGUUAAGAAACCUCGACAUCCCGUUCAUUUAGUCAGCUCAUUAACUCCUGCAUCAUCAACUUAUUUUUUUCUCAUGCGAUUUUUAUGUGUGCUCAUCAAAUUUAGAUUUACCACACGUGUUUUAAAAAGGACCCAUUGGUCAUUAUUGAACUUGUUGAACACUGAUGAAGGCUGGAGACCAUAGGAUCACAAAAUCUGUCUGAUCGCCGUUGAGUGUUUCCAAACGUAUGAUUUCUCCACACUAGGUCUUCGUGUGAGAAGAAAAUGAUGAUUGAUGGCAAACAGGCUUUAGGCAGCAGACACUCAUCACUUUGCCCGAGAUUCUGAUUUAUCAGCCCGUCAGGCAAUCUCUCAUGAGCCCUGAACACCCCUCAUCCCUUUAGGUUAUCAGUUUAAGACCCUCUACUGCUUGCAAUAAUCAGAGAACUUGCAGACUGACAUAACACAGUAAAACAAAAAACUAGCACCCCAAAGCAAUUAUCAAAAAGCAUUACAGAUUAUGCUGGGACCUAGCCAAAGCCCUCAAUUCAAUACAAGUUGGAUUAUUUUCUAAAAUCACCUGGGAUAACAUUAAAAAAGAAAAGAGAGAAAACAAAAAAAGAAACAGUUUUUCGAGAGACCAUCAAAGGACAAGAUAAUGCAUUUUCCUGGUUUGUUGUCACUGCAGGCCCUUUGGGUAGCUCUGUCUCAUGCCAUGCAGCACUACCCUUCUGUUUGGGGACAUUAUGACGUUUGCAAAUCACAAAUUUAUUCUGAUGAAGGCAUAACCUGGGAUUACAUGGCCUGUCAGCCGGAGGCGACUGACAUGACCAAAUACCUCAAAGUGAAGCUCGACCCCCCUGGCAUCACAUGCGGAGACCCACCCGAGACAUACUGCGCUUUGGAGAAUCCCUACAUGUGCAAUAACGAGUGUGACGCCAACACACCAGAGCUGGCACACCCACCAGAGCUGAUGUUCGAUUUUGAAGGCAGGAACCCGACAACUUUUUGGCAGUCAUCCUCCUGGAAGAAAUACCCAAAGCCCCUGUUGGUCAACAUCACUCUGUCUUGGAACAAGACCGUUGAGCUUACAGACGAUAUACUGAUAACAUUCGAGUCCGGACGUCCAGAGCAAAUGGUUCUUGAGAAGUCCCUGGACUACGGCCGAUCCUGGCAGCCAUACCAGUUUUACGCUACAGACUGCUUAGACGCUUUUACAAUGGAGCCGAAAACAGUCCACGAUCUCACUCAGCACACCCUGCUGGAUAUCAUUUGUACAGAAGAAUACUCCAGAGGAUAUGUGUGGAAAUAUGAUAAAACAGUUCGCUUUGAGAUAAAAGAUAGAUUUGCGCUUUUCGCUGGACCUCGGCUUCACAAUAUGGCCUCCCUCUAUGGACAGCUUGACACAACCAAGAACUUGAGAGACUUCUUCACAAUCACAGACCUCAGGAUAAAACUGCUGAGGCCAGCGACAGGAGCAACAAUGGUGGAUGAGGACAACUUGUCAAGAUACUUCUAUGCUAUAUCUGACAUAAAGAUACAAGGAAGGUGCAAGUGUAAUCUUCAUGCCAACACCUGCGUUUUUGACGGCGGAAAACUGUCUUGCGAGUGUGAGCACAACACCACAGGUCCAGACUGUGGGAGAUGUAAGAAAACUUACCAGGGCCGUGCUUGGAGUGUUGGCUCCUACCUGCCAAUUCCAAAGGGAACUGCGAAUAUCUGUAUUCCCAAUAACCCUGGUCCAGUUAUAUGGCCGAGUGUUUCGUCUCUAGAGGUUGCUAACAACCGAAAGCAAGUUGCUCCACAAAUUGCUUUGCCAACUGCCCCCUCUGUUCAAGUUACAAACAGCAAGAGAGACUGCGAAUGCUUCGGCCACUCCAACCGGUGCAGUUACAUCGAGCUGCUAAACACAGUCAUUUGCGUCAGCUGUAAACACAACACUAGAGGGCAGCACUGUCAGUUAUGCAGGCUCGGCUACUACAGAAAUACUUCAGCAGAUCUGGACGAUGAAAAUGUUUGCAUAGACUGUAAAUGUAAUCCCUUUGGCUCAGACAAUGUUCGCUGUAAUGGCACAGGAUUUUGUGAAUGUAAGAAGGGAACAACAGGGCCUAAAUGUGAUGAAUGUCUGCCGGGACAUUUAUGGCACAAUGGCUGCCAACCCCGUGUGUGCGACAAUGAGCUUCUGCGCUGUCAGAAUGGGGGAGUGUGUCAUAACCACCAGCGCUGCCAGUGUCCUGCCUCAUACACUGGCAUUCUGUGCGAGAAGCAGAAAUGUGAGAACGGAGGUUGCGACAACUCAAACUCUGGCCAGGGAGCUCUCUCUCCUUCCAACUGCCCAGUGCUACUGCUGCUGCUACUGCUUCUGACUGCCCUGCUACAAGGGAUUAGUUGUCAUCCGACACUUUAAAAAAAAAAAAAAAAAAUCUUAUAAGCAGUCCACUGGCUUUAGGAUCAGGCUGUGUUAAGGAAUGUGCCAGAGCAAAAAUUUAAAUAAAAAACAAGAAAAGACAAAAAUAACAAACUGAGCAAUUGCUUCAUAAAGCUGACAAGAAUAUGAAGGCCAGUGAAGUAAGCCAUAACUAACUAUUCUCCUGGAGAGGGUCUGGAGUCCAUAGACUGUUUUUCUUCAGCCUCACCAAGGUAAUGGCAGCUGCACUAGUUAUUGCCAUCACAAUGCGAGCUGCAAAGACUACGCUGGGUUGCUUCAGAGAAUCGGGGGGCAGAUUGCUAUUGGCUAGUCUGAUGCAGUGCAAUAUAUAACUGUCCAGUGUGUGUGUUUGUGUGGACCAACCAGACAGAGACAUUCUUUGCUGUCAGUGCAUUGUGGAUAUCAGGAAAUCCAUUCGGACUGCCAUGUUGGACCCGCCACAGUCGCAAAACCCCCUAUAACCUGUGCUUUUGUGAACGUAACCCUUGUUGGUUGAAAGAUUUUUUUGUCUGAUGUUAGUGACGCACAUGUGUAAUAGCCCCCCCAAAAGCAAGUCAAGCCAAUCCUAUCCUUGUAUAUGUUAUAGAAACACUAGAUCAGUAUGAUCCUAGUGUUCAUCUGAAAAGAAUGGUGGUUAUAGAAACAUCAGUAUAUUUAUCCUUUUGUAUAAAAUGAAGUUAUUUUCAUGAAAAAAAAUGAAUAUGUAGAUUUUUCUUUUGUAUUAUUGCCAUUUUGUGUUAAAAGGCAACAUGUUAAUAUAAUUAUUCCUGAGAAAUGUUUUAUUCAUUAUUAUUUAAUUGUGCAGAGGUUUCUCUGUAUUGGCAAUGUGCUGGCAUCAAAGAAUAUGAGUUUAUAUAUAUAUAUAUAUAGUACUAAAAUAUAAUAAGAUUCCACCAAAGGACAUUCUAAAUGUUUUCUUGUUGUUUUAACACUGGAAAAGUUAAGUGAAUAAAAAAUAAUUCUGCAUAAAGUGUUUUCAGUCAUUC